ACACAGGAGGAGGAGGGGCUUCGCACAUGCGCACUUGCAGAGCUAACCACACGCGGCUCAAUCACGACGUUUAUUCAGCGUCCACUAUGCAUCUGCCCGACAGUGCUGUAAGAAAGGCGUUCAAAUGCAGUCAGUCGUGCUGUAAAUACUGCCCGUUUCACCUUCACUCGCGUUGGAUCAGAUCUGCCUUCCCGAAACUCACAAUGGGUUAGGAGGAGGAUGCGCGGAUUGUCCACUUUCAACACUUUGCAAGGAUGGGGACUUGGAUUUUCUGUUUCGGCAGAAACGUCUUGACAAAGGACGAAGAGGGAAAAUAGAUUCGGGAUUUCUUCUCCCAAGCCUGUUCUUUCGUUUUAUUUCAUUCUGUUUUUUGAGAAAUGAUUGCAGAGUUGGUGUGCAGCGCCGUGGGACUGGUCCUUUAUGUCAACACACUGGGCGCCGAUUUCUGCUACGAUGACAGCCGAGCGAUCAAGACCAACCAGGACCUGCUCCCGGAGACACCGUGGCUCAACAUCUUCUACGAUGACUUCUGGGGGACGCUGCUGACGCACAGCGGCAGCCACAAGUCCUUCCGGCCGCUGUGCACGCUGUCCUUCCGCCUCAACUACGCCCUGGGCGGCCUGGAGCCGCGCGGCUACCACCUGACCAACGUGGCACUGCACGCCGGCGUGGCGGCUCUCUUCGCCGGCACGGCGCGGCAGCUUCUGGGCGCCUCGCGCUGGGCCCUGCUGGCCGGCCUGCUCUUCGCCGCGCACCCCGUGCACACGGAGGCGGUGUCCGGCGUGGUGGGUCGCGCCGACGUGGGCGCCGCGCUCUUCUUCCUGCUGGCGCUGCGCUGCUACGCGCGCCACUGCGCCCUGCGCGGAGGGUCCGGCGGUGGGUGGAGGGGCUGGGCGUGGCUGGGCGCCUGCCUGGCGAGCUCGCUGGCCAGCAUGCUGUGGAAGGAGCAGGGGGUGACGGCGCUGGCCGUAGCAGCGCUCUACGACAUCUUCGUGGUCCACCGGCUGAAGCUACCGCAGCUGCUCUCGCUCAUUGUCAGGAGGAGAAACCUCCAACUGCUGCUCAGUGUGUUCCUGUUGGCGGCGUGGGGAGUGGUGCUGCUGGCGUUCCGCCUUUACUGGAUGGGCAACAAGCCGCCCAACUUCUCCAACUCGGACAACCCGGCGGCGGACUCGCCCAGCCUCCUGACGCGCGCGCUCACCUUCCUCUACCUGCCCGCGGUCAACGCCUGGCUGUUGCUCUGCCCCGACACGCUCAGCUUUGACUGGUCCAUGGACGCCCUGCCGCUGGUGCGGAGCCUCGCCGACUGGAGGAACGUCCACUCGGCAGCGUUCUACGCCACUUUGCUCGUGCUCAGCUGGGUCGGCCUCGGGCUGCCCUUCCGCCCCUCUGCCGCCUCCCCCGUUCGGGGCAAAGAGUCCAACGGGAAGGCCCAUCACCCAGCGGUGACCAACGGCAAGCUGGCCGCUACCACCAACGGUAACGGUUACCACGGCUCCGACCAGGACCACGGUCCCUCCGAGAGCGAGCACUCUCCGAGCAUGGAGAACGGCACAAAGAAGCCCGCUGCCCAGGCGGCGGUGGUAACCGCGGCUCCCGGGACCUCGCUGCCCACCACAGAGAACGUGCUGGUGUUCUCUCUGGGCCUGAUGGCCGUGCCUUUCCUGCCGGCCACCAACCUCUUCUUCUACGUGGGCUUCGUGGUGGCCGAGCGCGUGCUCUACAUCCCCAGCAUGGGCUUCUGCCUGCUGGUGGCCGUGGGCAUGAGGGCCCUGUACAUCCGCCUCCGCCGCCGCUCCUCCAAGAGCCUAGUGCUGUACGGCGGCGCCGCCCUGGUGGUGCUCUUUGGGAUCAAGACGGUGCUGCGCAACCAGGACUGGCAGAACGAGGAGAUGCUGUACCGUUCAGGGAUAACUGUGAACCCUGCCAAAGCCUGGGGGAAUCUGGGGAACGUCCUGAAGAACCAAGGCAAGAUGGCUGAGGCUGAACGGGCCUACAGGAACGCUCUGUACUACCGCAGGAACAUGGCGGACAUGCUUUAUAAUCUAGGUUUGCUGCUUCAGGAAAACAACAAGUUCUCGGAGGCUCUCCACUACUAUAAGCUAGCCAUUGGGAGCAGGCCAACACUAGCUUCUGCGUACUUGAACACGGGGAUCAUCCUUAUGAACCAGGGUCGCGCUGACGAGGCCAAGCGCACCUUCCUGACGUGCGCCGACAUCCCCGACGAGAACCUCAAGGACCCGCACGCCCACAAGAGCUCUGUCACCAGCUGCCUCUACAACCUGGGCAAACUGCUGCACGAACAAGGCAACCAGGAGGAGGCUCUUUCGGUCUUUAAAGAAGCAAUACAGAAGAUGCCCAAGCAAUUUGCACCUCAGAGUCUCUAUAAUAUGAUGGGAGAGGCCUACAUGCGACUGAACAAGCUGGCGGAGGCUGAGCACUGGUACCGGGAGUCUCUGCGCGCCAAACCGGACCACAUUCCCGCUCACCUCACCUACGGCAAGCUCCUGGCCAUGACGGGCCAGAAGGCAGAGGCGGAGAGGUACUUCCUAAAGGCCAUCCAGCUGGACCCCACCAAAGGAAACUGCUACAUGCAUUACGGUCAGUUUUUGUUGGAAGAGUCGCGUUUGCUGGAGGCUGCGGGAAUGGCGGAGAAGGCAGCACGCCUGGACAGCGGGGAGUUUGAUGUGGUGUUCAGCGCGGCUCACAUGCUCAGGCAAGCCAGCCUGAAUGACGCCGCAGAGAAGUAUUACGGCCAAGCAGCCAGCCUGCGACCCAAUUACCCUGCUGCUCUGAUGAACCUCGGUGCCAUCCUGCACCUGAACGGCAAGCUGCAGGAAGCCGAGGCCAACUACCUGCGUGCCCUGGAGCUGAAACCUGACGACUCCAUCACCCAGUCCAACCUCCGCAAGCUGUGGAACAUCAUGGAGAAGCAGGGCCUAAGGACCAUGGCACCAUGACACACUCUCUCACACAUACAUACACACACACACACACACUCACACACACACACACACACACACACAGAAACAGACAAAAAGACUUACACACACACACACACACAAACACACAGAAACAGACAGAAAGACUCACACACACGUGGAGACAAACUCUCACCCAGACAGCCAGUCCCUCUCCGGUGCAAGCCCUCUCUGUGGACUAAGAAAGGACACAAGGGCUCAGACAUGGACUGGACUGCUCAGCCUCCCGGCCAUCUCGAUUGCUGCAGACACUGGGUUGUGGAGAAGGGCAAGAUGUGUGAAGAGUUUGAUUGCUUGUUUGUUUUUAUUUGUGUUUUAGUUCUUGAAGUUCACACAGCUAGGUGGGCUAGCUCUUUUCCCCACUCAGCUGAGCAGAGCACCUGACUUGACCUGGGCUGUUGGUCCAUACUUGAAAACUCCUGUUAAAUUAAGACUUUGAUGACUGAUUGAUUCGUUGGGGCAGUGUUGCCCUGGGGGAUAGUGCAAGAUGAUUGUGGCAAAAAAGGAAAUUUAAACUACAGUACCCAUAAGGCCUUCCUCAGAGCAAGGAUUGUUGCCAAGUAAAGGUUUUUUUCAAAGGCUCUUGGCGGAAGCUAGUCUACGCCAGUUUCUCUGCACGUUGUAGGAACAUCACUAGUUCACUGUUGUUUUCCUUGUUUGCUAUGAUAUGGGGAAACUAUGAGGAGAGACAGUUUUCUAUGGUAGCCUAUUCAUAUAAUCUAAUACCAAAUAUCACAUAACUGCACACCCCAUGUUUGUGAAGUAUGGUGAAGCAUGGUGUGUGUGUGUGUGUGUGUGUGUGUGUGUGUGUGUAUGUGCCACUCUUGUAAAUUUUGGUCUUAAAAGGCAAAGGUGACCAGAGGGCAGUUGAUUAGAUCAUUGGUCCAGGCCAGGUCGGACUAAUACACAUCUUCUCUAGACCAGAUCUGGUUCCAGACUGAGCUGUAAUCUGGUACCUCGUGGAAACUGGGCAUUCUGUUAAAGGUCCAGUUUGCCUGGGGACUUGGGUGUCCAGGUUGUGGAUCAAGGUUACAAUCCCUCUCGUAUCAAACAAUAUAUACAAGUUAAGCACUUGAAAGUCUACCAUUACCUUCAAUUAAGGUUUUUAGAGUGAAAAUAACCCAUUGUGUUUCCCAUGGCCUGAGUACAUCUCAUAUUCACAAUUCCAAUCUCACUGAAGGAAAGUGUUAUUCUACUCCGAUACUCUGAAGUUCAAAAUGGCCUCCAAGACGGCUUCACCUCUGACAUCUUAAAUGUUCUCUUGACUUUGCCAUUUAAGCCUUGGCUAAGUGCACACUCAGAAACAGAAACUCUUUUCUGACAUUUUCUGAUCAAACGUUAAAAAGGACUCAAGUAUUCAGGCGAUUAUCUAACUCUGAGGACAAAGGACACAGGACUGAGGCCUAGUUGUACUUUGCCUUACAUUGAAGGUGGUGAACUGAAGUGUUAGCAAAGAAUCUGAGAGUUCUAUAUUAUUUAUUUUCUCACAUACCACUUGUGUCUGUACUUCUUCGAGGUAGCUUACACAAAGGUGUAGCAGCGCCCACUGAAAGGGCUUCCACCUAAUGUUGACUGUUGGUCAGUGGAAUUUGAAGGAAAAUGAUGGCAUGACGUAGCAACGGUACUUUUGUUUUUGUGGUUCAGCAGUUGUGAUCUGAAGAACCAGAGCGAUCCUGUGUUUGGAUUGUGUCCAGUGCUUUACCAUGAGGAAUCAUUGAUUAACAGUAGUUUCACAUAGUUGUUAACAUUGAUAAAUCAUGAUUGACCACGUUUCACAUUUCUAACAGUUUGCUAAUACUGAGCUUAAAAGGUAUUGUUAACAUAAUGGUACUUUAUACAGUAUAUAACAUAAUGGUAUAAUGUGUUGAUUAACAGAACCCAGCUAUGCGCUUUAGCUAGCAUUUUAAAUAUGGAUCAUAAUCUGUUAAUACAAAAGAUUGAUUUAUUCAAGGUAAACAUAAACUUUACCUCUGAUUCCUCACUCUUAAUGUUAAUUAAGAUAUCCUCAAGGUAAAACAUGUUUCAGUUCUUUCAGUUCUUUAACAGUUGAGGAAUAAGAAUUCUGAUUGGCCAUGUUUGCCUCUAUUGAAUAUGCUUCUAUGGUGUGUUCAUCACUGCACCAGAAUUUUUGAAGGGACUGUCUAUAUGUACAAUUUGUUUAUUUGUGUAAUUCCUUAUGGAGUGUAUAGAUGAAACAUAAUAUAUAAAAGGCUACAUUAUCUUGCAUUAAGAUUUAAAAGUACAAGCCCUGAGAGGUUAAAUCACAAAGUUUUUUUUUUCUGAAUUAUAUUGAAGUAAUUGUAUUUAAUCGUCGUGUUUCUUUUUUCCUUUAUUUUCUUUUCAUAAUUUCAGUGCUCAUUUCUGCCAACUAGUGUCUGUAUGUGUUAACAUUUUAUUCUGUCAAUGCUAAUAUCCAUCAAACAAACUGAGAGCAAAUUGCUAAAGAAGAAGCUACAAAUGUCUGUUUGUGAAGGUCUUUCAAGUUCCUUUAAUAUUUGUCUUUUUUUGUUUCCAUGGAAAACGAUCCAGCUGGGACUGUAUUGUAUUUCACAGGAAAUCGUUCAGCAGACUUCACAAGGAGCCACAGAACUACACAAGUGAUUCAGAUUGUUUGCUUGAUAGACUCUUCAAGUUAAGCUUUCAAGGCAUUUAUCUCUUCUCUGUUUGUUUAUUGGUUUGUGUGCACACUUGUCUGGUUGUCUACACAGAGAAUGAUUGGGGAAAAUAUUUCCGUGUGUGUGCGUGCGUGCGUGUGCGUUUGUCUUCAUGAAGGGAGAUGAGGGGUAGUAUCACUAUUCACUAACACUAAAAGUCUGAAGUAAACUAAGGAACUGAGUAUUGUUUUGUUGACACCGUUAUCGCAAACAGUGUAACAUACUCUAACUGUAUACCCUUUUCUCUCAUUCUUUGUGUGGGCACAGUACUUGUAAUCACAAACUAGUUUUAUCUCCCCAUUGAUGCAUCCACACUGUGUGUGUGUGUGUGUGUGUGUGUGUGUGUGUGUGUACGUUAGUGUGCGCAUGUAUCUGUCUGCCUUUUAUCCAUGCAUUGUUAGUUGUUAAAGCUUUUGAAAGGGAAGUCAAGUUUUGUUGUCUUGGUGAAAAUGAUUCAAAACAAACAAAAAAUCCCCCCCUCCUUCAUCACAUUCUCUCUGUUCCUCUCUUCUCUCUCUCUCUCUCUCUCUCUCUCUCUCUCUCUCUCUCCGUCUCUCUCUGGUGUUUGAGAAGUGGAGGAAGUCAGACCUUUCAUUUUGUGUCUCUACUCAGGGAUUCCAAGCAGAUGGGUGGGAGUGUAUGUGUGAGUGUGUGUGCUCACUGAGCACUGAGAGAGUUUACUAAAUUAAGAAAAAAAAAAGUUUUAUUUUUUGAGAAGUUGUUGUAUUUGUAUAAAUUAUCAAGAUUUGUAGCCUUUUGGGGGUUUUGUAAUAUCAAGAAAAACAAACAAAAAAAAACCUGUGCCAGAGUAGAGUUUCCCAGUGUUGCUUUUUUUCAUAAUAAAGUAAUGGUGUCCUGC